AUGGCGGCACUUCUGAGGGCAGAAUACGAGCAUCUCCUCGCUAGUCUGAGUGAAAAACUGGAUAUCGCCAAAGCUCGAGGCCUCGUCCAUGGAUCCAUCUCUAUCCGGCUUGCAAACACCUACGAUCCUGUUUUCUUGGACUUUCUCGGCAAGGGGAAGACUCUGAUAAGGGAAAGUCUUCGCGAGAUGGCUCCACCCCCUGGAGUCGCAGAGAGAGAUCGUCUCGUGUGUGCCGCUGUAAAAGCUGCAGUCGUUGACGACGUGAACCUAGCAAGAGUGUUCCAAGUCCUUCGUAUUGAGGAACUUCUAGAAAAUUGCUUUGAAGACCUAACAAUCACAAUGAGCGCCGCUGUGGUGUGUGCAAUACUUGGGGAACUAAAAGCGGUUGCAGAGCAACUUGAGGCCGACGAGGAAGAUGACCGACUGCGGGAAUUCAAUAGGCAGACGGUCUGCUUUAUUCACGCCACCAUUUCCACAUUGACCAACUUCAUUAUCGAGUCGGGGCGCGAUCGAUUCACGUACAUGAAAGAGACAACAGUGUCUUCAGCCUCUGUGCCGCCGAGAGUGGUGAUUUGCCGUCCUCCGGGAACUCGCUUGGCGGAUAUCAACAAGGCCCUGCAAUGUGCAGCGAAUCCAUACGAGCUGAACACCCUCUUUGCCGAGGAGUUGACCUAUGUGCCGGUAACAGAGGCGCAGCAAUCCGGUGUGCCAGCUUUUCAAAGCGGCGACAGAGUGCUAGAAUUGUUGUUGCGCUUCGGCUCGGUCUUAGGCAUUAUUGGGCGUCUUCAGCGGCUGUACUCAAGAUACUGGCAACAGUCGGAGCAGCUGAUCAAGUGGUCCUUUUGCAGACAGGCGCCGAGGCUCCACCGGAUGCGGCAGCUGGCUGUCACCGAAGUGAUGUACGCUCUCAGUCGAUUGCUAGACAGCGCAGACAAGACAAGCAGGGCAAGGGCAGCAUUAUCACAGGAGCUUCUUUCUAUGCACAAAGGUAUUCUGAAAACUAUCGUGGAUGGACUCCUCACUUCAGGGCUGACGGCGUGGUGCUACGAACGAGAAGAACAAAGGAUUACCAUCUCCACGAAAGGCGUCAGUGGGCCUUCCAAGCAGACUGCAAUCAAUGAUUUUCUGUGUAUCAAACUAUCGCGGGAGUAA